AUUCGCUUGGCAACGUUUACCCUGCACACAGACUAGCGGAUGUCUGUAAAGUAAACUGCAAGAGAUGGAUAACUAACAAAAAUACAGAUAUAUCUACUUAUACAACUACGUAUCGGAGAACUGGCACCGUCUGGUUCACACGGUGUGACGUUAUUCCAUAAGGAAACUGAGAUUGUAUUAAGAGCAGUUAGAAAUGAUCACAGUUAUUUUUACUGUAACAUCAGCCAGUGAUAUCUGUGACUGGGCGGCUAUUGUCGGGAAUAUACCCGAACUAGGAUCCUGGGAUCCGACAAAGGGCGUCAUAGCCAUCCGUCAUACUAACACAAAAUAUGCAGCUACAGUAAACAUCCCCGAAGGCUUGAACAAAAUCGAGUUCAAAUGGAUCUUUUGGCAUGGAGGACACAUGAGUUGGGAAGCUGGUCGGAACAAGGUGAUAUAUGAUUUACCCAAGAAGGCUGGUUCCGUCUGUCACAUAUCCAAUGUGUUGAAUGGUCCGGCAAGAAAACUGAGUGAAAUAGAUCCUCCAAGCAGAUACAAUUUCCAAGGAAUUUCCAGAUGUUAUACCGACAUGACCAGAAAUAAUUGUGAACGAAUUUCGAGAUUCCUAAAUCCGCAGAAUUGGAGCAGACGAAGUCAGAUCCUGGGCCUUGGACUAUGUUUGCUGGUCCCACUCUGUGCAGCUAUGAAGAUUAUGCAUUGAUCUGGAUAUCAAGUCUAUUUUCAAUUGGAACAGAAGAAGUCAGAUCCUGGGCCUUGGACUCUGUUUGCUGGUCCCACUUUGUGUGGCUAUAAAGAUUAUGCAUUGAUUUGGAUAUCCUUAGAUUAUCUUUAAAUAUUUCACAGUUUACGUGUACUUUGGCUCAUUGGACUAUUGUAGACUAAACAAAUUUAUGUAAUUUGCAUCUGUUCAUUCUAGACCUACAUAAUAAAAUCGUUUUACAUGUA